CACAAAUUUUGAGGCCUAUAGGGGAUGGAAAAAAAAUAAAGUUAGGGCAAGUUUCAGACGACACAAUCUGCUUCGACACGCCGCAGGGCACAGCCUCCGCUAUCGCCUCAGGUGACAAGGACACUCUUCUUUGGAUCUCGUGAGGUUAUUUGCCUUGAACUUGAAUCAAAUCAUUGCAUAUUGAGUCUUUCCCUUUUGAGCUGAGGCGAGUUUGACAAUGGCAGACUUACCACGUCAUGUGAAAGCCUGCUUUGAGACUGGGAAACUUGCUUCCUUGGCAAUUUUGGUCUCUAGUGGGAUUGUGCUGCAAGUUUUGGCAUGUGCUUUGUACGAUAAUUGGUGGCCAAUGCUAACAGCGUUAAUGUAUGUGCUUCUUCCCAUGCCUCUGCUGUUCUUUGGUGGGUUGGAUACCUCUUCUUUUGUUUCCGAAUCUGGAAAUAGCUGGAUAAAUGCUACUAAGUUCUUGACCGGAGCUUCAGCAAUUGGCAGCAUUGCUAUACCAAUUAUCUUAAAGCACGCCGGCGUUAUUGGGUGGGGAGCCCUGGCUAUGGAGCUCUCAUCCUUUUUUGUAUUUGUUUCAGCAAUAAUAUGCUAUCUUCGGAUGAACGAUGAUGAUGAUGGAUACCGUAUGUUCUGAGACAUACCCAAGGACCUCUAUUUUAUGUGUAAAAAUGGUAUUUACUAGUGGUUCCAUUGGAAAAUGCUUUUGAUUUGCUGUUGUGAGCAUCACCUCCCAUUUUUGUGGUUGUACAUGCAGAAAACAAUUGUAUUUCUCUUUUCCUUUUCCUUUUAUUGGGUAACAUUAUUUGUAAAGAGUGCAUUCAUUUUAGUUGAAAUGUUCAGUAAAAUUUAGUCGUGCAAGUA